AUGCUUAAAGCAUGUAUGGCUAAAUUUGAACAAUAUUUUUGGCUUCGAGAAUUAUUAUUAUCAACUGGAAAUCGUCAAUUGGUUGAACAUACGACACAAUAUUCCUAUUGGGAAGAUGGAGGUGAUGGUAGUGGAAGAAAUCAAUUGAGAAUUACUAUGAUGCAAGUUAGAAAUAACCUGAGAGACAAACAAUCGUAAUCUACAUCUAUUCAGCGAAGCUUUCUUUUCAUGUACUUUAAUGCGAGUGAUAAGAGUCGAGAGAAAAAUAUUUGUUGUGUUUUGAGCCAUCAAAAAUUUGGGGUGAAGAACAUCAUUUAAGGUGUCUAAUGUAGAAGACAUAUCUGAAACCGAUUUCGUCUCGAUAAAUUCGUUUCUUAUGUACCAUUGGGAAUUGUGAACAUUCAACUUCUUGAGAGGAAAUUAAAAUGUCAUUCAUGUUUACCAAUUCCUAUCCUAUUACAGAAACUUGCUAUUUCCAAGAUUUAUCAAUAUUCGAUUUGAUAGAGUCCUAUAUUGUGUCACUCACUGUAGCAAAGGGUGUGGGUAUGGUAGAGUGGGUGUGGGUGUCUUCUCUUCACUGGCAAAAACAACCACACGUAGACCCACACCCACACCCACACUCACACGCAUACCCAUAUCUAUCCAAACUAACGACUAUGAUGUAAUAUGUUUUGAGAAUCCACCUGAUAACAUUCUGACAACACAGAAACAAGCGUCCGUUUGUCGUGGACCAGUCUAUAUUCUAUUUACACCCACACUCUGUGAUCAGCUUUUCAAGCGCUAUCACACCAUAUUUAAACGAACAGAAACAAAAUUUUAUUUGAAUUUUGCAUUACGGGGACACCUUUCUCAACUUCGAAAGAAACAAUAUGAUGAAAGAUGAACUUAUUGACACGUGGUCGUUGACGGCAUGAUGGACUACGAUUCAGAUUAGAACUCAGGUUCAGACGAUACUAGUUCUUCUUUCAAUCUUUGCACGAUUACAGCCUUUUUUUAUGAAUUACUUCAUACCACUGUAUCGCAAAAUAGAAUAAUACACGAACGGACUAGACAGUAAAUAAGUAUGGUAUUUCGAGUUUUUAUUAGCAACAAGAUAGUAAAUCAUUUACAGAAGCCUGUGUAGAUGAUCUCUGUUUUUUUUAAAUCACUCAACGUAUGUUUUGCAGUUGACAACAAUCUGGUGUUGACAUAUGAAAUAAUGCAUACAGACAAGAUUUUUAUCAACAGAUUUUUUUAAAUCAUUAAACAGCAGUGAUGAUUCAAAUAGCUUCUAAGCAUUGAAAUCACAAUAAUUAUUCAGACAAUUAAUAAUUGUAUUUCUUUUGAACAUAUAUCCAUCCAGUGUUUGUUGUCUAUCUAAAUUAUAUAUGAAAAUCUUUUAAAGAAGAAUUUUAUCAGUCUCUACGAAUAGUAUACAAUGCUUUUCAUAAAGGACAUAGAUAUCGUGAUUAGCUGAGAAUGCACACCUGUCAGAAACAUUAUUGUAAUUAUAAAAGACUGAAUAAAACACUCUUACAUUCAACAAGUGAUUCUUCUCAAGGAAAGACAUAAUAACUCUUACUGAAUAACGAUUCAGAAAUUUGAAAUCAGUUGUUUCGUAUUAAUCGAUUAAAGAUGAAUACUACUACAAACAGUAUCAGCGAGGCUCUUUUAGCUGCACCCUAUCAACUCAAU